CAUUCGUAGUCAGUCUACUGUUUUAAAAUGAUUUGGGAAUUAAUACCAGUAUUCAUUUUUAUAAGGCUUUCCAGUGCUUCACAGCAAUGUGCAAUAGUGGACGUAAAAAGCCUAUUAGAAGGAUGCGAUCGUUUGUUAGGCCUAAAUAUAACAAGUGUUGGUGGUACAAUGGUUAACGAUCACAACUGCGAUGUUCUGUUACCUAAACAAGUUUUUAUUGAAGAACCGCUUUUCCAAUAUUUAUUAGCAGAUUCGAAAAAGUUUUACACUAUUAUUAUGGUCGAUCCAGAUGCGCCUCCUCAAUUGGAAGGAGAAUUUUAUCUGCACAUGAUUAAAUCAAAUAUUCCAGGUCUUGCUCUGAAAUCCAAGGAGACAGUUAAAACCGUCGGUAUUGAUUAUAGAGGUUACAAGCCGCCAACGCCACCUCGCGGGACAGGUGCACAUCGCUAUAUGAACUUGUUAUACGAACAAGAGGACGGAAAUAAUUUUUUACCUAACGUUCCUUCAUCUCGCGGCCGCUUCCAUUUUGCGAACUGGCUCCGUGGAAAAAACCUUUGUGGACCAGUCGCAGCUACGCAGUUCCGAACACAGUACUAGAUGGCGUUAGAUGUCUUAAAUAUAAUCGGGCAAAAUAUAUAUUAUUAAUGAUUAUGUUAGUAUAGUAUAUAAUUAAAUGUAUUGAUACCUUAUAUCUAUGAAGGAACAUAAAAAUUAUUUUUGCAUGUUCUAGUUCUAUGUAAUAAAUAGUCGCAAAAAAAACGGAACGACAUUUAAUUUCAAAUAAGACGACUUAAUUAUUAUAUUCUCAAUUUCUAUCUGAAAAGUCAUCAAUCUGUUGCUUUCAUUUAUAAAAGGCAAAGAAAAUGUAAUAAAAACUAAAUGCAUAACAUCUUUGAUCUUUCACCUCGUUGGAUGCUCUCAAUAUUCUCCGUUUAAUGCCAGAGAGAUCACUUAACAAGCUGAAGUGGCUUAUCUUUUCUACUUUUGAGCGACAUCAAAAUUGAAAUAUGUCUAGAAUAUAAAUCAAACAUGACAUUAUUUAUUUAUUAUAUUUAAAACAGAACGCAAACUAACUGAAAAGUAAAUCAAUAGUAACUGAAACUAAUUAAUAAUUAAUAGAUAAGGCCGAGACCGGCGCCAGUGCUUAAUUUCGACAAGGCGGUCAAACUAAGUUGAAAAAUAAAGGCUGCACGAUUGCGUAGGCUGCGCACGCGACACUUCCCUCUCACCUUCUGCCCACGCGCAACCGCGUCUAAUUUAUAUAAACAAAUUAUUAUCCCAUCUCACACUAACUACUGGUUUAUAACCCUUUACCUAAGAAGGCGACUGCCGUUUGACCUGAACAUAUUAUUUGCUCGAAUCGUUGAUAUCGGAGACUAUUUGUUUGUUUAAUAUAUCAAACCUAAUUUAUAACAACUAUAUGAGCUUAUCUAAUAACAAAUCUUUAAAAAAAUAUUUGGUAUAAAACAACGUUUUAAAUCAUACUACUAUCCACCAAUGGAUUCGCCCGCGAGGCGGUAGGUAAUAUUAGGUAUCAUAUGACCUUUUCUGUAUCCCUGACAACAUAUAUGCAAAAUUUCACCAUAAUCGGUUGAGUAGUUAAAACGUGAACGCAUAAUAAAUAAACAAAGUCACUUUCGCAUUAAUAAUGUUAGUAAGGAUUUAUAUUAUUUCCUUAUAAAUGAUUACACUACAUACCGCGCCAAGUUUGGUAGAAACUGCAUUCUUAAUUUUGACAAAGGAUUACAGAAAUAAAGUGAACGUCACCAGAUACAGCUUUGAGUUUUUUGGCUUAUCUUGGGUGGUCCCGGUUAUUUUAUUGCGGCUGUGAAAAAUUCUUACUUGCAAAAAUAUGUACAAAGCAAAUUAACAAUUGAUUUCGUAUGACUGAAGAGUUUUUGACUCGUGGACUUUUUUAUCUUAUUCAAUAAAAUAUGUUCACUGCUUAAAAAGUUUUAAAAAACAAUGUAUGAUUGUUUAUAAUUUUUAAUAUCUUAUGAAUAUAAAAUAAUUUUUCUUCAAACAGUUUCAAUAACUAGUGGGCAUACCGUAGGCGUAAAUGUACAGAUUUAAAAGAAAACUUGACCUAAGUUAAAAUUAGAAUACUUAUGUUUGGAGAUAGCCGCUUAGUAAAAUCCAAUCCAAAAAUUUUAGUUUCCCUAAAGUGUGAACAUUAGGCAUUUUGAAAACAUAUUUUCGCAAAAACCUAAAAAACUAAUACAAAACCAUACGACUUUUUGCCGAGCGACGCACUACUUUUGCUUUUUGCUUUCUCAUAAUUCUAGUUAGGUAACAGUUUCAGUUUGCGAGGUAUAGAAAUACACCUACAUGUAAUAGAAACAAGGUUAGAGUUCAGAUAGAACGUAUGUUAUGCACAUUUAAAACAAGUAAAUUAAUCUUUUAUGUA